AUGGUCGUAGCUAUUUAUAGUUCAUAUUCAAGGUUGUGCCUUAUGAGAGCAAAUGAUAAAAGUUGGACAUAUUACUAUCCAGAACCAAAUAUUCCCUUCAAGGAUAUUAAUGUUUGUGGUGAUACUUUAUAUGCUACGGAAAAUGAUAUGAUGGUUUGGAAAGUCGAAGUGAAGAAUAGAGAUGAUGAAAGUUCAUCGAUUUCUAUUUCUUUAAAGAUGAUCCACGAUAAAAUGAUCGAUGAUUUAAGUAGAUCAUAUAUUACAGAGUCUUCCAAAGGAGAGCUUUUGUUAGUGUUGAGGUCAAUAUCUGUGGAGGAAACACAAUUAGAGACUACCAAGUUUAAAGUCUACAAACUCACUCAUGAGCGUGAAAAUGGUAUGCGAAGGGCAGUAAAGGUGAAGAGUUUAGAUGGGGAUACUAUGUUUAUCGGAGACUCUCAAUCCAUUUGUGUAUCAACUAAGGAUUUUCCUAAAUGUUUACCCAAUUGUAUAUAUUUUAUCAAUGGUUGCUACAAUUAUAUUCCUAAUUUAGAACAAGAUUCAGGUGUAUUCAACAUAGAAGAUAAAAGAUUUGGGAACCAUUACAUACGAGAUCCUGCACACAAGAAUUUACCUCAACCUAUUUGGAUCAUCCCAACAAUAUGUUUGAAAGAUUUUGAAGAUUAA